CGCAUCGUUCAUGUGAGUGUGACCACCGGCACGUCCCCUGCUGUAUUUUAAGGCCACCUACCUUAACCACCGUGCUGCACCACCUCCACUCCCCCGUCACUCCGGCGAGCGAGCAGGAGCAGACCGAUGGCGUCUCCCGCUGCCGUCAAGAAGGUGCUGGUGCCGAUCGCGGCGGGCUCGGAGCCCGCGGAGGCGUUCGUCCCCAUCGCCGUCCUCCGCCGCGCGGGCGCCGACGUCACCGUGGCGGCCGCCGGAGCCGGAACCGGCCUGCGCGUCCACGCUAUGUACGGGGUCACCGUCGUCGCGGACGCCAGCGUCGCCGACUGCGCCGACGCCUCCUACGACCUCGUCGUCCUCCCCGGCGGCGUCCCCGGCGCGGACAACCUGGGCGGCUGCGCGGCGCUGGAGGGCAUCGUGAGGCGCCACGCGCUCGGGGGCGGGCUCUGCGCCGCCAUCUGCGCCGCGCCGCCGCUGGCGCUGGCGCGCUGGGGCCUGCUCGACGGCGUCAAGGCAACGGCUCACCCGGAGUUCGUGGACAAGUUCCCGGCAGAGGUGGCCGGCGUGGACGCGAACGUGGUGGUCGACGGCAGGGUCGUGACGGGGCGUGGCCCCGCGGCGGCCAUGGAGUUCGCUCUCGCUCUCGUGGACCAGCUCUACGGCAAGGGCAAGGUCGACGAGAUCGCCAAACCCAUGAUGGUCAGGUACGAACCAGGGUACGCCUUCGAGGAACUGAACCCGGUUCAGUGGCGGUGCAGCGGCACGCCCAGGGUCCUGAUACCAGUGGCCAACGGCAGCGAGGAGAUGGAGGUGCUCGUGACCGUCGACGUGCUGCGCCGGGCCAAGGCGGACGUCGUGGUCGCGUCGGCCGAGGAGGUCGUCGUCGCGCGCCACGGCACCAGGAUCGUCGCCGACGCGCUGCUGCAGGACGCCGCCGGCCAGCAGUUCGACCUCAUCGUCGUACCGGGUGGCAUGCCGGGCGUGAAGACGACGCUGGCAGACAAGGUGGAGCUCAUGGCGCUGCUGAAGGAGCAUGCGGCGGCGGGCAGGGCGUACGGCGCCAUUGGCGCCGCCACGGCGCAGGUGCUGGAGCCGCACGGCCUCAUCGGGGGCAGCAUGAAGGCGACGACGUGCGCGUCCAGGGCGGACCGGCCCAGCGAGUGCGGGAGCAGGGUGGUGGUGGACGGGAACCUGGCCACGAGCGGGAGCACCGGGACGGCCAUGGAGUUCGCGCUGGCCGUCGUGGAGAAGCUGCUCGGCCCCGAGGCGGCGCGGGAGGUGGCGGAAGCCCUGCUCUUCGUCUGACCAUCACUGGACCAGCGACCACGUACGGAGUGUAGCUGUUGGGCCCUUUCGCGUGUACCGUCGUGUGCACCGGAUCGUGUUUGAUCCUUCCUCGCUUGAUAACGUCGGACCCAAAGUAAUUAUCUUCGUAAUAAAAACUCAAAAAGUAUCGUUAUC